AGACAUGGUUGCCAACUCAGUCCGCGGCGCCGACGCUCCUCCGUCAACGACCUCGUAUCCAAUUCCACCUCCUGCUCCCGCCUUGUCAAAGGAAACUUCGGUUCUUUCAACUUUUCAUUCAACCCCAUUUAGAUUCCAUGCUUUGUAGCCGUACCGUAAUUACAAGAUAAAUUCUGUGCUUUGACUAUCCGAUUUUGUCGAUUUGUGAAGUGUUCAUAGAAAAAAUCGAAUUUUAAACUUGCCUAGGGCUUAAAGUCAACUCAUUUACUGGAAUUAUGAUAUGGAUGGUUAACUGCGUUUUCUUGCACAUCGAUUUUCGAAUUAGGUUUUCAAUUUAAAGUACUUGAACCCAAGAUCGUCGGAUUUAUGAGGAUUGCCUUUGUUAUUUUAAUUCGAAGCUAAGCAGCUAAGCAACAAAGUUUGCUGCUUUUCACAAAAUCCCUUUACUGAUCUGGCAUUUAGGAAGAUUGUGAACUUUGAAGGCGGUGGAUUGAGUUUUGGAGUGCUUGUGUUUUAUAUUAACUUGCUAGAGCUGAAGAUUAUUUUUUAGUUAUUUUUAUUCAUGCUGUUAGUAUCUAUGUAGCAUAUGCUCUCUUGCUGCCUGCUUGUUUAUUUCUUAAGUAACGUGAUUAAUCCAAUUUCCUAAUCAGGUCAUAGCUGUUGCCUGUUGCACAAGCUGGAAAGCAUUAUGAUAAAAAGAUUUUCUUUUUCUGUUUCAGAUGGAGUGUCAAUGAAGGUUACUGUGGCUAAUAUUGAUUUUCUUUUUGAUUGAAUCAGUGAGGCCAAAGAUGCCAAAUUGCUAUGGUAACUAUGAAUAUAACCUAUGAGAGGCACAUCAAAACCAUUGGGCUAACUGGCAAUCAAUUCUGAAUAGCACAGUAUCCAUUAGCUGUACUCAAGGUCUGGUGGCCCAUUGUAGUUCAAUACCAGCUAAAAAUGAGCCUUUGGUAGGUAAUAGGUGUGGCCUCAAAAAAGAGGCCCCUCCAUGCUCAAAGACCACCUGGAUAUAACUGUUUUGGCGGUCUUAACCACAAGCUCCAGAAUUUUGAGUGCUGCUGGUGUGUGGUUGGAAUUAUUUUAUGAACUAGCACAAUCCAUCUCGUGUGGAAACUGGACCUAGCUGGCGGUGGGGGCACAUAAACACAUCAUGACAGUUUAUCUACUACUUGACCUUGUCAUGUCAAACCCUUCACUAGUAACCAGGGUUUUGUGAUAGUGGUUAACUUGGAUGCAUGCGGAUGCUAUAUCACAUCCUCACCUACACGUGUGAGUCUGCACACGUUUCCCUGUGUUUUCAUGUGCAUGAAUAACAUCAGUUGUAGAUCACAUCUCAUAUGAUAUUGCUUUUGUCAUUUUUGUCCAGCAUCAAAAACGCUUUUGACUUCUGGAGACCUGCAUCCCUACAGUGUUGAAGAUGGUAUGGUUUUUCAUCCAUCAUGGUCCAGAUAUAAGCCGGAGCCAGAUCAAAUUCUUGUUGUACUCUAAAAGCACUCACUUCUUUCUGAAGAAUGAUACUGUACUAAAUAGAACGACCAUUAAUGCUUCCCCUUCUUCAGAAGCUGUCAAAUAUGUUCCUCGCCCAAUGUAUGUCUGUUCUUUCAUUUUUUAUCUUAAAAGUUUCUCCUUAAAUUAAAUGAAAUUAAUUUAA